AUGUCUAGCCUCCUCUCCCCCUUACGGCCAUCAGCACCAGUACCAGCAUCAGUACCAGCACCAGUACCAGCACCAUCACCAAAAACAGAGAAAGAGACAGCAAGUAUAGUAUCGACCCUCUCCCAGCUUUCGCAAUACCGCAAUGUCCGGGGCGUCAUGGUCAUCGCCCGGCCCUCUCAUCUCUACAAACAACACGGAGUAGAGAGUAGAGUCAGGGAGGGAGAGCGAGAUGGAGGGAUAGUACAGAUUUCGGGUCAGGCGUUUGAAGGUGAAGGAGGGGAGAGGUAUGCGAGGGUUGUGGAGAGGAUGGUAGCUGGGAUUGAGGUGGCUGUGGAUGAAUGUGAGGAAGGAGAUGAGCUAAAACUCGUAAGAAUCAGAACGAAGAAACACCAGCUCAUCAUAACACCUGAUGAAAAGUAUGUGCUGGUGGCUCUGCAAGACCCGGGAGAAUGA